UCCAACAAGAGCUAUGACGCAGCCGUGGUGUAUGCUGGGAUAGCAGGCGGUGGAGGUCAGAGAAUAUCCAAAAUGUCGGCUGCUUGCCUCUCGUCCUUGAGCCGCUGUGGGGUUUUGUCGUUCCGCUCGCCCGCAGGACUGGCGGCGGUGCGGUAUGCCCAGACAGCGGCGGCUCCAGCAGCUGAGCCCAGAAUAAAGAAGUUCCAGAUUUACAGAUGGGACCCCGACACUCCAGGGGACAAACCCCGCAUGCAGACCUACGACAUCAACCUCAACACAUGUGGCCCGAUGGUUCUUGACGCCCUGAUCAAGAUCAAAAAUGAAAUGGACCCGACCCUGACCUUCCGCCGCUCCUGCAGAGAAGGUAUUUGUGGAUCCUGUGCAAUGAACAUUAAUGGAGGAAACACACUUGCCUGUCUCAACAAGAUCGACAGCAACACUAGCAAGCCCUCUAAGAUUUACCCUCUGCCACACAUGUAUGUGGUGAAGGACCUCGUACCUGACAUGAGUAACUUCUACGCCCAGUACAAGUCCAUCGAGCCCUACCUGAAGAAGAAGGAUGAGUCCAACGAAGGGAAGGAGCAGUACCUGCAGACCGUGGAGGACAGACAGAAACUGGACGGGCUGUACGAGUGUAUCCUGUGCGCCUGCUGCAGCACCAGCUGCCCCAGCUACUGGUGGAACGGAGACAAAUACCUCGGCCCCGCUGUGCUCAUGCAGGCGUACCGUUGGAUGAUCGACUCCCGAGACGAGUUCACGGAGGAACGUCUGGCCAAGCUGCAGGAUCCUUUCUCCCUCUACCGCUGCCACACCAUCAUGAACUGCACCAAGACCUGCCCCAAGGGUCUGAACCCAGGAAAAGCGAUAGCUGAGAUCAAGAAGAUGAUGGCCACAUACAAGGAGAAGAAGGCGGUCGCCGUCUGAAACCUCAGUUCUCCUCUUGUAAUCUUUCCCUCCAUGAUAACAUUAUAUAUUGAUUUUGAAUAAAAAAUGCUUUUUGAGGUCUGAAGGGCCAGUACACCAAUCUGCUCCACCGCCACACUCCACAGACUGCACUCUGCUCUAAUGGUGUGUGUGUGUGUGUGUGGUUGGAGGACUUGGUGUUAAUGAAACGCACAUAUACAGUAUGAAUGCACGAGAGAGUGUGUGUCUGAGUCUUACAUGUAUCAUAACAGAGGUAUUUAUAUCUUCAACGCUACUGUAUUUGUGUUUGAGCAUUUGGGGCGACUUGCUGCUGCACAUCAAAGAAAAAGGAGGGGUUUUGUUCUGUAAACAUUUUUUUGCUUGCUUUUCAGCUUAGCAGCACUUCAGAGAGAUACAGUAUAUCAUGUUCCCUCAGAUCUUCCAACAUACCAACAACAGUCCUUUUUUUGAUGGAAAUUAAACCGUUUAAAUGCC